AGAAGAGUUGCUGCAUAUCGGUCGGUCGUAGGUCCGGCGAUGCUGUCGAACGACGAGCUACUGAUUCUGGGGGGAAGUGGUGGCUGCUUGACAACGGCGUCCUCAACAUCACCAGCAUCCAGUUUGUACACCGCGACAAGUACACCUGCAUGGCGUCCAACGUGCAUGGCACCUCCAACUGCACGGUGACUCUGUGCGUGGUUUUCAGCAACAGCGACAUGGGCAUCUACUACUUGGUGGUGUGCCUGGUGACCUUCACCAUCAUCAUGGCUCUGAACAUCACGCGCCUCUGCAUGAUGAGCAGCCACCUGAAGAAGACCGAGAAAGCCAUCGAGUUCUUCUGCACUGAAGGCGCCGAAAAGCAGCAGAAAGCCUUUGAGAUCGCCAAGUGCAUCCCCAUCAUCACCAAAAAGACGCUGGAGCUCGCCAAAGUGACGUAGUUCAAGACCAUGGAGUUUGUGCGGUACAUCGAGGAGCUGGCACGCAGCAUCCCGCUGCCGCCGCUCAUCAUGAACUGCUGUACCUUCAUGGAGGAGAUCCUAGAGGUGGUGGGGGUGGAGGAGAUGAGGCACACCUUUGCGCAGCAAGCACUUGAGGGACGCCGUGACUCCGCAGGCAGGGUCGUCCGGGAUGUCUUCACCAUCCUGCAGGAGAGGGAACAAGGGCGGGAGAGGGAGCGCAGUGAAUCCCCGGCGGCCGAUUCCGACAACUCCUCUGUUCAGGACCAGCCGCAGCACAUCGCCAUCCAGGUGUCGGUCCACCUGCCACUCCCCAACUGAGUUCACUGUGGCUUAGAAGCGCUGCCCCAGGCUGACGCCCUGUCCUCCGCUCCUCCCCUUACCAAGGAGAAGGCUGGGGCAUUGGCUGAGCAGAGCGUGGACGUGGCUGUAAACGAGCCAGCCAAUAACAAUCCUCCCUGCCAGAUGUUUUACGAGAGCCAUGUUUGACGAGCAGUAAUGGAAACACCACUCAGAAAACACACUCUGGAGAUGGAACCCGUGCGCCUCUACUAUGCAUUACAGCAAAAACUGAAUAGGAAUCUUUUUUUGAUUUCAUUCAUUGAACCUAUGACUACGUGGGCUUAGUGGUUCCUUGUUCACGUUUCUUCAAACUGUUUUUAUGAUCAUAAUUCAAAUGAUCUGAUCCUUGGGGGGGGGGGGGGGUGUUGUGCCUGAAUGUACGCAGGAAGAUUGUGUUCCUCAUGUAAGUAAUUAAGUAAAGAAUUGUAGAUUUUUGUAGCGCACAUGAUUGAUUUUUCUUUUUUUAAUACCACAAUGGUCAUCACCAUUUCUAGACCUUAAAGGCUUUUGUUUAUUAGCAACCCCCCCACCAAAAAAUGACAUCCACCCACUGUGACAGUAGGUGGAUCUCCCCAGACAGUAACUGUCUGUCUGCUGUUGGUGCAUAAAGGUGUUUGGAUGCAUGCUGGACUGAAAAAUAAGAUUUUAGGUCACUUUUUCAUCAAUAUACAAACUUCUGUGUCAAAGCAGGUAAACGUACUGAAGCUCCGCACUGGAAACACCUCAGAUAUGAUUUAUUAUUAUUUUGGUGCUUGGUGUGACAUCAUUUGAGGUUGAGUUUGGAUUCUUUCAUCAUCUGCUGUUUUAUUGUGACAUUGCAUGGUCUUGGACUUGAUGGUAUGUGAAGGUGUCGCAGGAGGGCAGUGUGGACAGACUGUGCACGCGUCUGUGAAUAUAAGAACGCUUCUGCUUUCGAUGGUGCUGUUCAGAUGCUUCUUUCUGUAGUGGAAUAAAAGGAUAGUACUGUUUAAAAUAAAUUAAAAAAAAAAAGCUUUACAGCUUUGUGUUUUAUAAAUAUAUACACUUGCUCACUGUGUUGAACAGCUCCAUUUGAUUGUAGGUUUAAUUUCCAGAUGACAAAAAUCAGGAC